GGCUGAGCCAGAAACAAGAGCGGAUAAAACUCCAGGCCUGCCUUUGGGAAAUAAGGAGACCAGAACCCAGGCUCUUCCAAGUGGCUUCCAACAGUCUAACAGGGUCACCCUGUAAUCUAAUCUGCUCACCAGUUUUUCCAUUCCUGGAGAGUGCUUCCAUUUGACCAUGGCUGGGUGGAGCUGUCUUGUGACAGGUGCAGGAGGGUUUCUGGGUCAGAGGAUCGUUCGCUUGUUGGCGGAGGAAAAGGAGCUGCAGGAGAUCCGGGCACUGGACAAAGUCUUCAGACCAGAACAGCGGGAGGAAUUUUCUAAGCUCCAGAGCAAGACCAAUUUGAUGAUGGUGGAAGGAGACAUUCUGGAUGAGCAGUGCCUGAAGAGAGCUUGCCAGGGCAUCUCGGUUGUCAUUCACACUGCCUCUGUCAUUGACGUCAUGAAUGUCCUUCACCGAGAGACCAUCAUGAAUGUCAAUCUGAAGGGUACUCAGCUCCUGUUGGAAGCCUGUGCCCAGGCUAGCGUGCCGAUCUUCAUCUAUACCAGCACCAUUGAGGUGGCUGGCCCCAACUCCUACAGGGAAAUCAUCCAGAAUGGCCACGAAGAAGAGCAUCUCGAAUCAAGAUGGUCUGUUCCAUACCCCUACAGCAAAAAGCUUGCAGAGAAGGCGGUGCUAGCUGCUAAUGGGUGGGCCCUUAAAAAUGGUGGCACCUUGCACACCUGUGCCUUAAGGCCCAUGUAUAUAUAUGGGGAAGGAAGUGCAUUCCUUUAUGACUGUAUAUACAAGGCCCUGAGGAACGAUGGGGUCCUGACACAUCAGAGCAAGUUCUCCAUCGCCAACCCUGUCUAUGUUGGCAAUGUGGCCUGGGCUCACAUUCUGGCCUUGAGGGCCCUAAGGGACCCCAAGAAAGCCCCAAGCGUCCAAGGACAGUUCUAUUACAUCUCUGAUGACACACCUCACCAAAGCUAUGAUGACUUCAACUACACUUUGAGCAAGGAAUGGGGCUUCUCCCUUGAUUCCAGAAUGAGCCUUCCCCUAUGUCUGAAGUACUGGCUUGCCUUCCUACUGGAAAUAGUGAGCUUUCUGCUCCGUCCAAUUUACAAAUAUCCACCCUCCUUCAACCGCCACACAGUGACAUUGUUAAAUAGUGUAUUUACCUUCUCCUAUAAGAAAGCUCAGCGGGAUCUGGGGUAUAAGCCGCUCUUCAGCUGGGAGGAAGCCAAGCAGAAAACCAUGGAGUGGAUUGGUUCCCUGGUGAAACAGCACAAAGAGACCCUAAAAACAAAGACUCACUGAUCUGGGGGUGACAAGUAGAUACAGAGAUUGUUGGGAGACGUCUAUCGAGCUCUCUCCCUCUGGCUUCAUACAGGAAGAAACAAGUCCACAGGCCCAGGUCCUACUGUCUCCCUUUUACAAGAUGGCUGCCUUACUGUUUUCCUCCUACCACCGGAAACCUUCCUAGUCCCUGGCCCAACAGGAAGCUUUCUGUCCUGCCCACACUGCAGAGGACAGACAGUGAGAUUUGCUGUAGCUGCUCAUACGAAAGCCUCCACUCCUGGCUCUGAGCUAUUCGGGCCUCUUCCGUGUAGAAUGUUGCCUAUUAGUUCCAUUUCCUUUGUUACAUGCAAAGUAUUUCUUAUCUUUUACAAAUUCCUAGUCCCACGCACAGCUCAGUGGAAAGAGUAAUAAAUGUUUUAAUGCCU